UUGUUUAGGUCGAUUGGGGUCAGCUGGACUACCUAGUUGUUGACAUGCCCCCAGGAACAGGAGAUGUGCAAUUAUCAGUUUCACAGAAUAUUCCCAUUUCAGGUGCUGUGAUUGUCUCCACGCCCCAGGACAUCGCAUUGAUUGAUGCACACAAGGGUGCCGAGAUGUUUCGAAAAGUCCAUGUGCCUGUUCUUGGUCUUGUCCAAAACAUGAGCGUUUUCCAGUGUCCAAAAUGUAAACACAAAACUCACAUUUUUGGUGCUGAUGGUGCAAGGAGACUAGCACAGACCCUUGAUCUUGAUGUUCUAGGAGACAUUCCCUUACACCUCAGUAUAAGGGAAGCUUCAGAUACAGGCCUGCCAGUUGUGUUUUCAAAGCCUGAAAGUGAUGAGACCAAAGCUUACCUAAGAGUUGCUGCGGAAGUGGUAAGAAGAUUGCCACUGCCUCCAGAAUGAUUCCCUGAGUGCUGGAAAGUGUCCUGUUACUUGAUAACAAGAGGAUCUUUGGAAAUGAUCAGUGUGGUGGUGGAACCUAUAGAAAUACUAGCCAUCAAAAUUGGUUCUUUUCUUUUGAAGGAAAUAGUGUCUUAUUUUCAGAUUUCAUUUGCUAACUAUGACUCAAAUACAUCUCUCUCUCUGUU